CGGAGGCGGGCGCCCAGCCGGGGCGCAGCACGGCGUCUCCCUCUUCCCCGCCGCAGCCGCGCGAUGGAGGUCAGCCACUCCGUCAAGGAGCGCACCAUCGCCGAGAACAGCCUGGUCAUCCUGCUGCAGGGCCUGCACGGCCACGUCACCACCGUGGACCUCCGCGACGAGAGCACGGCCACGGGGCGCGUCACCAACGUGGACGCCUUCAUGAACGUGCGGCUGGCCGAGGUGACCUUCACGGACAGGCAGGGCACGGUGUCCCGCCUGGAUGAGCUCUUUGUGACUGGCAGGAACGUCCGCUACGUCCACAUCCCUGACGAGGUGGACAUCAGGGCCACCAUCGAGCGGCAGCUGCAGGCCAUCCACAGGGUCCGCUACUUCGGGGGCCGCGACAAGGGCAGGAAGGAGUUCCCUCGCGCCAAGCACAAGUGAGCCCCCGGCCCUGCCCGGCCCUGCCCGCAGCCCUGCCCGCAGCAGGGCCAGGAUGGACCUGCCCCUUUGACCGGACUGCCAGCUGCCUCCGCACCUCGCCCCGGACAUCCCGCCCAGGGACUCGGGGCUCUGCUGCUCCCCUGGCCAGUGCCUGCGGGGGAGCAUGGUUAUCUUUUUUUUAAUUAAUAACCCUGCUUAAAAGGGGCCGUGAUCUCUCA